AUCCAAUGAGAGCUACACUUUUCGAUAAAGCAGUGUUCUCCUUGGAUAUUGCGCCAUCGCUUGUUCCUAUCGCUAUUGCUUCGCGUUGUGCAAAGGCCUUUAUAUAAGGAAUCGUUUGACAUGCUGAUCUAUUUUUGUGUCUAUGGCUACUUUGUUCCAUUAUUUAUUAAUCGAUCCGCGGUUUUCGCAACCGUCGAACGUAACCUCGACGAUAACCGAGUAACCGAACGCUCGACUCGUGAUACGGCUUUUGCGGAACGCGAUUUUUGUGACUCGGUCUCUGAGUUUUAUUGUAUUUCGAAUGUUUUGUAAACUUUAAUUGGUUUUUACGGUUUUCGACUUUCACGAUGAUGCAGCGAUACGAUAUUCUGAUUCAGGAAAUCGAGGGCAUCGACGAUUAUUUGGGCCCAACAUUUCGAGCGAUUUAUGAUGGACAUGAUCAUCAAAAGUUUAUGGAAAAACUUGAUGAUUGUAUUAAAGCUCAUGACAAGGAUAUUGAGAGAAUGUGUAAUCAUCAUUAUCAAGGAUUUAUUGAUUCUAUUCGGGAACUCUUACAAGUUCGCUCUCAAGCCCAACAAUUAAAUGCUGAAAUAUUAGAGCUUGAUAAAUGCGUUACCGCUACAUCCACCAAAGUGAUCGAAAUGGGUGAAGAACUUGUGAAAGCUCGCAAGGUUGAGAGCAAUAUGGCUGCUGCUGUAAACAGUCUCACUAUGUGCCUUCCUGUCUUAGCCGCGUAUGCCAAGUUGCAAAAACAAUUAAAGGACAAGCGUUUUUAUCCAGCGUUGAAAACACUGGAGCAGUUGGAACAUCGUGAUUUGCCAAAGGUUACGAAUUAUAGAUUUUCUUUUCAAAUCACGCAACAAAUACCACGAUUGCGGGAAAAUAUAAAAGAUGCUUCUAUGUCUGAUCUACGAGAUUUUCUAGAAAAUAUUAGAAAAUAUUCGCCAAAAAUUGGCGAAGUCGCGAUGAGACAUACUGCUGAACAGUUAGCGACUGAAGCGGAAAUUAUUGGAAGGAAGAAAAAAAGAUCUCGUAUGAACGAUCGAUUAAAUGAAGCUGAAGAGGAACUGAGCGCUCGAGACUUGAUGGAUUUCAGUCCGGUAUAUCGAUGUAUGCAUAUUUAUACCGUGCUUCGAGAAGAAGAAACGUUUAAAAUGUAUUAUAGGCAACAGAGAAAACAACAAGCUAGAUUAGUUUUACAACCACCUGUUAAUAUGCAUGAAAGUACCAUCGGAUAUCAAACUUAUCUGCAAGGUAUUAUUGGUUUUUUUGUCGUAGAAGAUCAUAUAUUGAAUACUGGUAAUGGAUUAGCUACUCGCGCGUAUUUAGAUGAGCUUUGGGACAUGACGUUAUCCACGAUAGUCGAUGCUUUACGCACACAUUCGGCAUAUUGCACAGAUGCUACGCUCAUAUUAAAAAUCAAGAAUCUCAUUAUGCUAUUCAAUACUACUCUAAGGAAUUAUGGCUAUUCCGUGGAACAACUUUGGGAUUUAUUACAAGAAAUUAGAGUGCAUUAUAAUGAAGUGUUAAUGAAACACUGGGUUCAAGUGUUUAGGAAUAUUUUAGACGAAGACAAUUUCUUGCCGAUUCAAGUCACAACGCAAGCGGAAUACGAUCGAGUUCUCGAUCUAUUUCCUUAUCAUGAUGAAAAUUUGCAAAAAGCCGAGUUUCCCAAAAAGUUUCCAUUUUCGGACAUGGUACCAAAAGUCUAUCAGCAAGUGAAAGAAUUUAUUUAUGCUUGCUUAAAAUUUUCAGAGGAUUUGAAUUUUACCCAAACUGAAAUUGAUGAGAUGAUAUGCAAAUCGACGAAUCUUUUACUAACGAGAACUUUCAGCGGAUGUUUAUCGUCAUUGUUUCGCAAGCCUUCCUUAGCGCUUUUACAAGUAGUACAAAUUAUAAUAAACACAGGAUAUCUCGAAAAAUCUACAAAAUAUUUAGAAGAAUUUGUUACUAAUAUUACCGGUACGUUACAUCAAGGGCAAUUGAGCUGUAUGGGCGUUGAAUCUGCCAUGUUUCGAGUCGCGCGGGAAGACGCUGAGAAACAGAUUUGCGAUAAAUUGAAAAAGAAGCUAGAUGAAUUUUUAGAAUUGGAAAAUUAUGAUUGGAAUUUAGCGGAACCUCAAGGGCAUGCUUCGGGAUUCAUUACGGAUCUUAUAGCUUUCUUGCGGAGCACCUUAACAUGCUUCACUAAUUUACCUGACGAAGUAGCUCAAGUGGCAUGCAAAUCUGCGUGUUCUCACAUUGCUAAAGCCAUAUUAGACAUAUUAAUUAGUGAAGAUGUGAAACAGAUAUCUAUGGGUGCGUUGCAACAAGUUAAUUUAGAUACGAUACAAUGUGAACAAUUUGCUGCUUCUGAGCCAGUCGUCGGUUUACCGGAAGGAACUUUAUUGCAAUACUUUUCGCAAUUAAGACAAUUAUUAGAUUUAUUUAUGAGCUGGGAUUGGCCUACUUAUUUUCACGAUUAUGGUCAGGAUUCUAGUAAAUAUAACUUAGUAACUCCAAAUAUGGCUGUGCUUCUGUUAGAAAAAUUAAAAGAGUCUGAUAAAAAAACAAUGUUUUCUGUGUUGAAGAAAAGUGAAAGGGAUAAAAAGAAAUUGCUUGAAACUGUAUUAAAGCAGUUGCGGCAAUUAGCACAGACUACCCAACAGCAAUAAAAGUUGCAAUUGAUUUAAUGUAAUGUAUGUUCUAAGAAAAUAUGUAAUUUUUGUAAAUAUGUAAUUUUUGUAAAUAAGUAUAUUAUAAAAAUUCGAUUCUUGAUAAUGAAUAUUACAAAAAUUGUUUCAUGUAUCACUUGAUUUUUUGCAUCAAUGUCCCAUCAUGUUUUGAUAUAUGUUGCAUAUUUUGUAAAUAUAUGUAAUUAAUAUAUUCUUUGAUUCUACAGAUUAUUUUUUAAAUAAAUGAUUUAACUUUCAAGUGCAUUGUAAAAGCAAAAAAUUAUAUGAAAACAUGGAUUUAAAAAAAUGCUGUCUUUUUAAGUUUAAUCUAAGAUUAAUAUAUUAUAUAUUUCCCGUUUUUACCAGUAUGAUUUAAAGUUAAUCGAUUAAUUUUAUUACGUUAAAAUUAAAAAACUUCUCUUGUAUAUGUGUCAUAACUGUAUUGUUAAAAAUUUUGAUGUCAUUCUACAGUUAAUCAAUGAUCAUGUUAAAAAAUCAUUGAUAGAAACAUAAGUAUAUGACAGUUGACAGUUUUUAAAAAUAAUAAAAAUCGUAAACAUUUUUAUUACUUAAAUUUACAAGUGAUUUUCUCGUGCUAAAAUAUCUUUACUAAGUUUUUCUUUAAACAUCAUUGUAUAUCCAAUUGACAAAUUUUUUAAAAUAUAAUACUUGUGUGAUUAUGCGCGCACUUGUGUGCAUGUAUAUGCAGGGAGAAUUAAGAAUUAAACGAUAUUUAUCUUCCCAUA